GAUUGAACCCAUGUCUCCUGCAGGUGGAUUCCUAAUGACUGGAUCACCAGGAAAGUCCUAUUGCAAUUUUGAUUGUAUAGAAUUAAUAGAUUCAUUUGGGGAAAAUUGACAUUUUUAUAUUGAGUCCUCCUGUUUAUGAGCACUGUCUACUUCUCCAUAGGUUUUUUUUUUUUUUAGUGUCCUUCAGUAAAGUUUUGUUCAUAAACAUGUAGUUUUUGUAGGUGUUGUAAAAGCUGUUUUUUGGUUGCUGAUUACUAGUACACAGGAGUGAUAUUAACUAGCCUGUUGACCUUCUAUAUGGCAGUCCUGUUGAACUUUAUCAUCCCAACACUUGGCUAAUACUCUUGCAUUUUUUAUGUAGGUGGUCUUAUCAUUCUCAAAUAAUGAUGAUUUUGUCUAUUCUCUUCCAAUCUUUAUGGCUUGUGUUUCUUUUCUUUUCUGGUCAAGCGGUAGCAUUCAGGAUCUCAGUUCCCCGACCCAAGAUUGGACCUGUGCUCCCUAACCACUGAACUAUGCCAUCUGCUUCUUUUUCUGUGACUUAAUGCAUUGACUGGGGUCUUUGGUGCAUUGUUACAGCAGCGGAGUGAGGAAUCAAGCAUCCCCAUCUUGUCACUGACCAAUGCAGACGGUUCUGUUGUGUUACCUUAGGAUUGCUACCAACCAGACUUGAGUGCUGGGACUGCCAGGGGCUAGGCUUGCACUCUGAAAACCACUGCUGUAUGUGUGAUAUGUAAAAUUGUGUUCCCCUUUUUGUUCUUUAAAAUACUGUGUCCUUUUUCAUCUCUUCCCCUUCCCCACAUUGGACUUGCCAGAUGUUAUCAGCAUUUUCAAAGAACCAAGGUUGAGAUUAUUUUCUGUUUCUUUAAAUCAUGUUUAUUUUCUUCAUCUUCUUUCCUUGAGUUGCUUUCUUAUUCUGUGUCUGGUUUCUUGUUUAAUGCUUAGAUUAUUCUUUCAAUCCCUUUGUUAAAAUAAAUGUGUUAAGAUGCCCAUUUUUCCUCAGGUAAGCUUUAUUUCCAUUUUCCCUUCAGUCUCUGUUCUUAUGUUUUUCUUGAAGAGGUACUUUUAAAAAAUUAAUCAGAUAGUAGAACCACAAUAUGAAUGUUUGCCAGUCUUUGGAAUUUUUUUGAAACUUUCUUUUUUUGCUUGGUAUGUGGUAUUUCUUAUAAUAUUCAGUGUACAUUUUGAAAAAAAAUGUAUGUAUUCUCUAUGCUUUAAGUAGGUAUUCUCUGCUUGAUCCACUCUCCUCUCAUUGCAGGGGAGGGUUUGUAUGUUUCUUAUCGGCACUGCGCUUAGCUCUGACUGUCUAUACUUUGAGGAUUUGUUGGUAGACAUAUGUGUUUAUAAUUACAGCUUUUUGAUGGAUUUUUCCUAUUAUUAACAUGCAGUGUCUGCUUGUGUUCCUAAUAAUGAUUAUUGGUUUGAAUUUUGUUUUGAUUGGUAUAAAUAUUGCUAAACCACAUGCAGCAAUGCAUAUUCAGUUUGCAAAUAGUGUGCCAAAGGGAGGAAGCCAGCACAGAAUGCAGAAGGCAUAGCUAGUCUGAUGGAGGCCCCAGGGCCCUGGUCUGUGCUGGUGAGAGGAGGGUAGCAGCUCUCCCUUGGGAGGUUGGGAAGCAGGCAGAGCCCGUAGCUGCCAGAGGGCUGACUGCUGGUUCUGUGGGCUGAGCCCCUUGACCAGUGUGGUCAGGAUUUGUUGACUUUCCUGUAUAAAAGUUUUACUCCAAUAAAGAGCUUUAAAAAUACAGAGAAGGUAAAUAUAGCUAUUGUAGCUUUAUUUUAAUUACUGUUUCUCUGGUCUGCCUUAUGUUUAGCCUUUCUGUGUAUUUUAGGUUAUAUAGGUGCAGGUGCACUUUGUGUAUCUUCUUGGGGAGUUUUUUGCGUCCAGUAGGUGAGUUUAAUCCUUUUGCUUCAGUUACCCAACCAUUGGACUUCUGCUCAUUUUGUGUCUUUUGGCUCCUAAUCUUUGUCUUUGCUCUUCGCCUUCUGUUGAAUUUUUUUAACUUCCCUUUCCUUCUCAGCCCUUAAUGUGUUAUCUUUAUUCUUUCAUAUAAAGUGAAUGACUCUCCAUUUUCCACCUGAACGAGACAACUCUGUGCCUGAGAGGAGGUAGGGGCAGAUGAUCUGAAAUGUUGCACGUGUCUGCAGGGAGCAGAGUCUGCCUGGGAGGCCGAGUGCUGAGGCCAACUGCGGGAGGGGCCAAGCGGUGACUGGCUCCUGCAUCCAUCCCAGGAAGCCCAGGGUACCAGGGGAUGGCAGCUUUGCAUCUGUGUGCCCUGCCUCAGGCUGAAGUGACCUUCAAGGACGUGGCCGUGUUCCUUUCGCAGGAGGAGUGGGGCCUUCUGGGCCCUGCUCAGAAGGGCCUCUACAGAGAAGUGAUGCUGGAGACUUACAGGAACCUGGUAUCGCUGGGAGCUGGACUUGCAGGUCCCAAACCGGAGGUGAUUGUACAUUUGGAGCGAGGGGAUGAGCUGUGGGUCCUGGACAUGCGUGGGGCAGAGCAACCAAGCGUCGAUGGCUCAGCUCAUGGGACCAGGACUGAGAACCAGGAGGUCACUUCAGGCGAAAUGCUGUUUGGGAGAGAACUGGACCCACUCAUGGGGAGUGUUCUCCAGGGACCUGAGCCAGGAGAAGCCCAUGAGCGUGUCAGGGAGCCAGAGGGGUGCCUGGACAGGCCUGGGGAGCAGAGAGGCCCCAGGCUAGUCACACUGGUCAAUGAGGAGUGUGGCCUGGAGUCUGGAGGAAACCUCAGGUCGGGGUCAAGGCCUAUCCCUGAUCAAAGAUCUCACAAAUGUGAUAUAUGUGAACAGAGUUUUGAACAGAGAUCAUACCUUAAUAACCAUAAACGUGUACACAAGUGCAAAAAAACAAAUAUAGUUCACGAUUCAGGGGAAAUUUUCCCUGCGAAUUUAGUUGUUAAAGAAGAGCAGAAAAUUCCUGUUGGGAAAAGAUUGCAUUAUUGUGGUUGUUGUGGGAAGGCCUUCAGGUACAGCGCUAACCUUGUCAAGCACCAGCGACUGCACAGUGAAGAGAAACCCUACAAGUGUGAAGAGUGCGGGAAGGCCUUCCACCAGAGCUGUGAACUCAUCAGUCACCGGAGGAUGCACUCUGGAGAGAUCCCCUACCGUUGCGAUGAGUGCGGGAAGACAUUCAACCAGAGGCCCAACCUCAUGAAGCAUCAGCGGAUCCACACCGGGGAGAAGCCCUACAGGUGCAGCGAGUGCGGGAAGCACUUCAGUGCCUACUCCUCCCUCGUUUACCACCAGAGGAUCCACACGGGCGAGAAGCCCUACAAGUGCAGUGACUGCGGGAAGGCCUUCAGCGACGGCUCGAUCCUCAUCCGGCACCGUCGGACCCACACUGGAGAGAAGCCGUACGAGUGCAAAGAGUGUGGCAAAGGCUUUACCCAGAGCUCCAAUCUGAUCCAGCAUCAGAGAAUUCACACUGGGGAAAAACCCUAUAAAUGUAAUGAAUGUGAGAAAGCCUUCAUCCAAAAAACCAAGCUUGUUGAACAUCAGAGAAGCCACACCGGAGAGAAGCCCUAUGAGUGUAACGACUGUGGCAAAGUCUUCAGCCAGAGCACCCACCUCAUCCAGCACCAGAGGAUCCACACGGGGGAGAAGCCCUACAAGUGCAGCGAGUGUGGGAAGGCUUUCCACAACAGUUCCAGACUCAUCCACCAUCAGAGGUCACACCACGGAGAGAAGCCAUAUAAGUGUGCUGAUUGCAAGAAGGCCUUCAGCCAGGGCACGUACCUCCUGCAGCACCGGAGGAUCCACACUGGGGAGAAGCCUUACACGUGUGGCGAGUGUGGCAAGGCCUUCCGGCACAGCUCCAACAUGUCCCAGCACCAGAGGAUUCACCUCCGGGAAGACUUCUCCCUGUGACGGUCGGGAGGCCCAAGGUCUGUGGUGCGCUUCCCCCACGUGACCACCCUCUCUUUACUUACUGUCAGGUGAACAGGCACUUCUAAUUUUAAAAAACCUCUUUUCUUAAAAGCAGUGCAUGUUCAUUUUAGAGAAAUUGAGUGGAAAAAGGUAAGCAAAAGGGAGAAGCCCUGUGGCCUACCCUUAGAAAGAGAACUCACUACUGUUGCGAUCAGCGUAGGUUGUGUCCAGACACUCAAAUAGCAGCCACAAGAGAGGUACUGUGGAACUUGUGAGUGCAGCUCCUGUUUCCUCAGUCCUGGAAAACUCAUACUGGAGAGUUCCACGUGUUUAUGUGGUUUUACACCUUGUAAAUUUUAAAACAGCAUGUUGUUCAUAGUUUCCUAUGUCACUUAAUAGAGUUGAGACUGCCUUUUUUAUUGUGGUAAUAACAUUGUGUGUUAGCCACUCA